CCAGGCAGCUGGGACGUCGCGGGCAGGAGAGGCGGCCCUGGACUGACAGGGGCCGACGAGGAGGCCAGCCCCGGAAGGCCGGCGGGGCCGGGCCGGCCCAGAGGGCCCGGGGCGUGGCCUGCGGGGGCGUGACCGCGGGGCGGGGCCUACAUAAGGGCCAAGCCAGCCGCCGGGCGCACAGCCGGUGCCGCCGCCGCCGCCCCGCGCUCGCCCGACAUGAAGACCCCCGGCGAGGUGCUGCGCGAGGGCGAGCUGGAGAAGCGCAGCGACAGCCUGUUCCAGCUGUGGAAGAAGAAGCGCGGCGUGCUCACCCCCGACCGCCUGCGCCUCUUCCCCGCCGGGCCCGGCGCGCGUCCCAAGGAGCUGCGCUUCCACUCCAUCCUCAAGGUGGACUGCGUGGAGCGCACGGGCAAGUACGUCUACUUCACCAUCGUCACCACCGACCGCAAGGAGAUCGACUUCCGCUGCGCCGGCGAGAGCUGCUGGAACGCGGCCAUCACGCUGGCGCUCAUCGACUUCCAGAACCGCCGCGCCCUGGAGCACUUCCGCAGCCGCCAGGAGCGCGCCGCGCCCGCCGCGCAGCCCGAGCCCGGGGCGGCCCGUGCACCCUGAGCCCGCGCCGCGGCGAGUGUCGCCCCGCGCAUCCCGGGCGGCGGCGGGCCGUUCCCCGGGCGCCCUCGGGGGUGUGGGCCGCGAUCCUCGGCCGGAGACCCGCGCCCGUCGGAGCACGUCAGCUUCAGGUCCCGAAGGGAGGUCUGACCGCCUUGGGGACACUUCGAGAGGGGACCUGGCUCCGCACCACCGCGGCGUCUCUGGGGUGCGCGGCAGGAGCGACCCUCGCCCCACUCGCGUCGAAGUCUCGGGGACCCGCAGGCUGCGCCCCGACCCGCUCUGGUACGCCUGCCUGACCCAGUCCUCUCCCCACAGAGCCACCCUGGACCGGUCUGGCCGAACUGGCCGCAUGGCGGUGUUGGGCAGGAGCCCAAGAGGUGCCCGGGUCGGCGGGAGCUCGGGCGGGCGGUCCAGCGCUGGCCGCGCGGGGACAAGGCGCCGCUUCCGCGCCCCACAGAGGAGGACCUUCCCGCGUGCGGACCCUCGCCCCGCUGCGCGGGCGCGCUAACUUAUUGGACUCUAUUUAUUUUGAUGUUAUUUGUCAGACGUCCUGUCUUUAAUAUUUUGUUUUGCAAUCAUGUGCCCAUUCCAAAUAAAUGCCUUGCGCAGCUCCUUUUCUA